UAUAUGCAUUGCCUUGGACAUUUUCCUAAGGCAAAUUGGGUAAUCAUUUAAAAGAAUGGGCCUCCUUGUCUACUAAAUGCUCAAUAUAUACAACUAACAAACCGUGGGUGUGAUCCGCAAAUCAUAGUGUAAUUACAUUUACACCCCACGGUAAUAUUACAAACACUAUAUAACCCUUUCAUGCUCAACUUAUCAUUUCAUCAAACACACUCAACUCAAAUACUACAUACAUACAUAAAAAAAAAAUACCACUAAAAAUUUUAAGAGAGUGAAGCUAAGAACAACCAAAACCAAUAUUAUCAUGGGUAUUCAAUUGAUGGAGAAAAUGCAAGCAAAGAGAAUUCUUCAAAGAACUCUAUCUAACAAGAAGACGCGGUCACCUUCAAGCUCGAACGCGGAUGUACCAAAGGGACAUGUCGUAGUUUACGUAGGAGAGACUUACAAGAAGAGGCAAGUCAUCCCAAUUUCUUACUUGAACCACCCUUUGUUUCAAAAUGUACUUCAUGUGGUGGAGGAAGAGUUCGGGUAUGAUCAUCCCAUGGGUGGUCUUACAAUCCCUUGUAGCGAAGACUAUUUUUCGAGUCUCAUAUCUCUCAUUAGGUGUUCGUCGUAAGAAAUUGUUAACUAGUUAUAUUACUUCGUACGUAGUAGUAGAUUAUUUAUUAAUUAGCCAUCUUAGCUUUUAAUUGUUCAUCAUGUUUGUCCAUGGGUUGGAAUGAUCGACCAUGUAUACCUUCAUGAUUAAGAUCACGGUAAAAAUUGUUUAUUUUUCAAAUUUUUGAUUGACUAAUUAAAUUAUGUGAUCUUCAAGACACUGUG